AGUAAAAAAAAGUAAAAAAGCAAUGUUCAGCGGACGGACGUCGUUUCGACUUUUGUAUUCCGUCAUGCAAUAAUUUUUUUAUUCAUGAAUACGAUAUUAAAAAGUGUUUUAGAUGGUGUCGCCGUCGUGAGCACUAGCUAGAUUUUAGUUAAAAAUGAUAUUUUAGUGUUUGAUUUCGAAUAGUUCAUGUUAUAGUUCUUGAUAGGUCUGUGACAAGUACGGUAAUGGUGGCCAUGUCAUGAAAAUCCCUACAGCCAUGGAUGAUAGCUCCGUAUCUCAUCAUAACGGAGGGCAAGUGGGAUCUCAGAUAGGAGUUAGUGUAAAUAACAAACAAAAUGAAGAAUCUAGUCAAAGUGUCCAGUAUUCAAUACCGGGCGUUUUGCAUUUCAUCCAACAUGAAUGGGCGAGAUUUGAAGUCGAAAGAUCACAAUGGGAGGUGGACAGAGCAGAGUUUGAGGCACGGAUUGCCUUCCUCCAAGGUGAGAGGAAGGGUCAAGAGAAUCUAAAAAAUGAUUUGGUAAGGCGGAUCAAAAUGCUUGAGUAUGCACUUAAGCAGGAAAGAGCGAAGUUUCAUAAGCUGAAAUAUGGAGUAGAUCUUCAGCAGGGGGACAUGCAUCCACCAGCUGAAGAGCCUACACAGGAACCGGAGCCUUCAGAGCGCGCCCAAUGGAAGCAGGGUAGACAAUUGAUUAAACAGUACCUACAGGAAAUUGGUUACACAGAUACCAUCCUUGAUGUUCGUUCAAACAAAGUAAGAACUUUGCUUGGUUUAAACAAUGAGGAGCCGGCCGAUGAUAGUAGCCACAGAAACUGUGACAAACAACAACACUAUUCUAUGAAUACUGCCUUAAAUCGUAAGAUGUAUGAAUAUGGUGGAAAAGAUCAACGCAAAGGAGCUCAGCAAGGCAGCGGUUAUAAUGAAGAAGGGAUGUCCGUUCAAGAGACAGCGGCUGUGUUUGCUAACUUUGAGUUUCUAUCUAAUCAGGAAAUGGAUAUGGAUGAAAUUGAUGACUUAGAUGCCAAACAAAUGCACCACACUGCAACUAAGCAAGGUGAAGAGGUGGACCAAGAAGCGGAGGAAGUAUUAAAUGAACUUAACCUGCUAACUGAGAGCGAGGCUGACGGAGGACAAGGAGAUGAGUUCCCAACCGUGAAAUUCCCAGCCUCUUCAGCGACAGCGGCGCGUGAGGGUGACGGGAAGCCGCUAGCUCUGGGAGAGCUGGCACAGCUGACGGUCAGCAACGAGUCCGAGGGUUACGACGUGGCCAGCGCUAGCAAGGAGUCCUUCAGGAAGACCUGGAACGCUAAAUACAGUCUGCGUUCACACUUUGAUGGGGUGCGUGCUCUCGCCUUCCAUCCGACGCGGGCUGCUUUGGUGACAGCCUCCGAGGAUCACACGCUGAAGAUGUGGGAUCUCCAGCGUACUGUCCCAGCUAAGAAGUCGGCCGGCUUGGAUGUGGAACCUCUGUAUACGUUCAGAGCCCACACAGCGCCAGUGCUCUGCCUCGCUAUGGGCGCUCCCCGCUCGGAGGAAUGUUUCUCAGGGGGUCUGGACGGGACCAUCAGAGUUUGGAACCUGCCCCCACCCAUCGCUGAUCCAUACGACUCAUAUGAUCCCGCUGUAUUGGGGCCGGUACUCCGCGAGCACACGGACGCGGUGUGGUCGCUGUCGUGCGCUGGUGGUAGGCUGUUGUCUUCAUCAGCGGACGGUACAGCCAGGCUGUGGUCCCCACGAGACCCUCGGCCCCUGCUCGCCACGCUUAGGGACGACUCCCCCGGCUCCACCUCAGCGCCGGCGGCCGCGGACUUCGCUGAUGCAGCCUGCCGCGCGGCAGUCGUCUACACUGACGGCACUCUUCUAUUAUACGACCUCGAAACUGGACAGGUGGUGUUGCGCGUGCCGUGCGACAGUCCCGCCAACCGCGUCCGCUCCCAUCCAACUCUGCCGCUCCUUGUGACGGCUCACGAGGAUCGUCACAUCCGUUUCUGGGACGCCGUUUCCGGUCGCUGUGCGCACGCGAUGGUCGCCCACCUGGACGCCGUGACGGGUCUGGCACUGGAUCCGAACGGCCUGUUCCUGCUGUCGGGCUCCCACGAUUGUUCCGUGCGCCUGUGGAACCUGGACACCAAGACCUGCGUGCAGGAGAUCACUGCUCACAGGAAGAAGUUCGACGAGAGCAUCCUGGAUGUGGCCUUCCACCCCCUCCGGCCGUACAUCGCCAGCGCCGGCGCCGACGGCCUCGCUAAAGUCUUCGUCUGAGGCGCCCCCUACUACUAUAACUCAUUUUAGUUUACGAACUGUAUGUUAACGCAGUAGCGAGUCCCGUCGCUCGCCCCCGAUGGCGUCUAGUCCCGGUGUUUUGACGUAUUUAAUAUUGUAACGUUACGGACGGUCGACGCUCGUUGUAAGCGCGUAGUGAACACUCAUCUCUGUAUAGACAUUUAAAAUCUAUUAUAAUAUAUUUUUAGAUUUUCAGUAUGUGGAUUUUAGGUUUUUAUUGCAACUUUUUUCACCGAUUUUACGAUACGCAGUGAGAAUAUUGAUCGUUUCUAUGCAUCUGUAAGCGAGCCCUUUGUAAUAAAUAUCAUGAGGAUAUAGAAGAUGUUUCUUUGAUGCGUUCAUAUUACGUGUCUGUACAGUUCUAGAUAUUAUGCAGUAUUUCAUAAUAAUUUGCAGAGAACGUGUGAGGUAUGGUUUGUUUAGCUAGUAUGUUUUAUUUAAAACUAUCGGAUCUAUAUAGACGGUACUCUUGUUUUGUCACUUGUACUGAAUAAACAUGCUCCAACGAUGUCUUUGCGAAUAUGAGUGAGCGAACAAAAUAUGGUAUGAGUAGAAUUAUAAAGGAAGUUUAAUAAUUAAUGUUUGUUCAUAACGAAUACUGCAAUGUAGAAUAUAUAUAUAAAACAUUACAUAUUCCUUUUUUUUCCUCGAAUUCAUACUUGUACACAUACAUUCAAAAUUGAUAGUAAAAAGCAACAUAACCGAA